AUGGCAGUGGAGGGCCUGACCAUCUACCACAUCAAGAGCCACUUGCAGAAGUACCGGCUCAACGUGCGGCUGCCGGGCGAGUCCGGUGACAUGAUCAGCGGCCCCGACGAGUCUGAGGAGCCCUCGCGACGCAAGCGGCGCAGCCGCUCGCAUGGCCAGGCCUCCAGCCGCAGGCGCAGCAGCCGGCAGCGCAAACGGCGCAGCAGGUCGUCGGACGAGGACAGCGAUGAGGACGACAUGGAGGAUGAGGAUAUGGAUGACGACGAGAACUUCGAGGAGGGCAUCAGCCGCGCGCGGCCGGGCACCAGCGUGAGCGGCAUCAACGGCAGCAGUCCCCACGGUGGCAGCCCGCGCGGUGGCAGCCCCCGGGGGGUGGAGCCGCUGGAGGUGCCUGACCUGGACCCCGAGAAGCAGCACAGCCUGGAGGAGGCCCUGCUCAAGCAGAUGGACAUGCAGAAGCGGCUGCACGAACAGCUGGAGGAGCAGCGGCGGCUGCAGUUGUCGCUGGAGGCGCACGGGCGGUACAUCACCAGCUUGAUACAGAAGAAGGGGCUGGAGGGGCUUCCUCCGCAGACCAAGGAGGCUUUAGAUGCCGCCCUGGUGCCCCCACAAGGCUCAGGGCUGAGCACGCUGACACACAACACGGCACCGCAGUGGACGCCGUCAGUGAGCGAGGGGUCUUCGCUGGCGCAGCAGGUCGGCCAUGUCAUGCACCACAGCACAGCCUUCAUGCUGGGCUCAGCCAGCGCCACAGACCCUGAAUCAUCUCUCCUUCUGGACACCAAUAUGCAGGCGGCGGCAGCUGUGUGGGAUCCGAGCCAGGCGCAUGGGCUGGACCAGAGCGGCUCUAAGCAGCUGUAUGAGGAGCCAAAAGAGCUGUACGAGGAGCCCGGACAGCUGUAUGAGGAGAGGGGCGGCCACGUCAAGCCAGAGGAGCAACUCUGAGGCGUGGCACAAUCUGCUGAGGUGCCGCAUGCAGGCCCGGGGAGUGCAGAGGGGAGCCAGAAUCUGCUUUGUAUAUAUCCAGAAGCAAAUGAGAGGGUUGGUCAAUUUUCAAGAGAGGAGCGUAGUACAGCGCAGCUGCUUUGGAUGCGGUCAGUCCUGCUGUGCAGGACAUCUGCUGCUUUGCAUCCGCAUAUUUGUGUGCCCUCCUGUGCUGCGUGCUUAUGGGCAUGUGGCAGAACUGAUGUCAAUUGUUAGGGCAUGAAACUCGUUAGGCCCGUGGAUGUGGAACGGCACCAUCUCGCCUGAUGGGUAUGAAUGUUUGAGAGGGUGGCGAUCUUUGCUCAGGCUAGCGAGUGUGUGUGUUUGCAUGGAUUCAGCCAAAUUCGAAGGAGUCUAGAGAAGGAAAGCCCGUAUUGCUGCGUCUUGUUAGACAGAGCAUGGGGGCCAGGAAUCAGGCAUCUGUUGUGAUGAAUCUUCUGGUUUCCAAGCAUAUAUAUUUGCUUAGAAACUCGCUUUGUCGUGGCUUUCGCAAAGGUCUUGAGGUGUUUUGAAUUUUCCUGCUCGGGCUGAUCAAGAUACAGGUUCUUCAUGCUCUGAUCAGCCUCUUGAUGGCCGGAGAUACUUGAAGUGUCAAUGAGGAACUUUCUAUUGAGGUUCCAGGAAAGACACAAGUAUGAUAUGUCAUUUAUCCUCUUCCAAGGCAUGAUAUUAUGCAGGGUUAAUCGUUUUCAUCACGACUUGGGCAUUCCACCCGCUGCACAGUCUGGAUCAUCUCCUUUGUAACAUCACGGCUCAGC